CAGCGAACACCCGGCCGAGGCCCCACGGCGCGCCGCGGGGGGCGUGGCGGCGGCGACCUCUCGGCUCCCGCCGCGCCGGCCGCACGCACGCGCACUGCGCCCAGCAAAAUGAGGGUCGCGGCUCUGAUCAGUGGUGGGAAGGACAGCUGUUAUAAUAUGAUGCAGUGCAUUGCUGCUGGGCAUCAGAUUGUCGCUUUAGCAAAUCUAAGACCAGCUGAAAACCAAGUGGGGUCAGAUGAACUGGAUAGCUACAUGUAUCAGACAGUGGGUCAUCAUGCCAUUGAUUUGUAUGCAGAAGCGAUGGCUCUUCCCCUCUAUCGCCGCACCAUAAGAGGAAGGAGCGUGGAUACAAGUCAAGUAUAUACCAAAUGUGAAGGUGACGAGGUUGAAGAUCUCUAUGAGCUUUUGAAACUUGUUAAGGGCAUCACUAGAGUGACCUUGCUUGCUGAAUAUGAUGCUCUGAAUCUCCAAGAUUUUCACAUGCGUUUGGAAGUGGGCAGUCAGGCGAUUGUUUACAGGGCUCCAAAUGGACUGUGCACUCACAGCAAGUUUGAUAAACACACAUUUCCUCCUUUUAUCAGUGAGAUUGCAGAAUGUGAAGUAUGAGUUUCCAGUUUUACUCAUUCCCCUCAACCCUUUUCCUGUUUAAAAACUUAGACAUACUAAUUGGAUGCUGAUCUGUCCCUGUUUUUCAUUCUGCUUACUGAUAGUUGACGGCUUAUUCCAAUACUUACCUAGGCAAGGUUUGGCAGUUCUUCAAAAAUAAACUUUCUAUGUAUUCAACUUAAAGGAGAUUCAUCCCAAGGAAUGUAAUGUGAGCACUAAUUAACAGUAAUGACUGCUAAUCACUUUGCUUUUUAUACUCCUUUAGGAGCACUGCUAUUAUCCAAUGUAGUUAAGUAAAAUGCUUGUAUAUGAAUCAACAGUGCUGCAUCCUUUUAGCAGCUAUUGCUCACAAUCAAGCUUUGCAUAAAUUAAAGUUAACUAAAAUUGGUUUUAAUGCUACAUUUCUUUCUAUAAUAGUAAACUAAAAUGUCUAGUUAAAUAUCCUGAAUAUUAAAAAGACAUUACCUGAUUUUUUUUGUAGUCAUCCUUCUGGUAGACGAGAAGCAAUAUUGCAAAUAAAUUUUCUCACAGUUCAGGACAUUUUCUCUUAGAUUUCUUCAAAAUUACAUGUGACAUACUUUUCAUAGUCACAGCAGCACUUUCUGUUGUAAGCAUUUUAUCAGAUCAAUGAAAAACAGUAGGCUUGUGUUUAAUUUUUCUGAAUUUGUGCAUUUACUUGCUAGAGGAUCUUACACUUUCUUUAAAUUAUAUAGUCCAUUUAUAUAAACUCGGCUCAUAGGAUUGUGCAUUCAGUGUUGGUAAAAAGGGUUGUUUUAUUAUGUUUAGUGUAUUAUUAGACUAUUAUAAAAGCUUUCUGUUUAUUUAAAUGCGUUCAACAUACCUACAAACUGCCUUGCCUCAGGAGGAGACUGAGCAAAACUCAUAAAUUAAUAAUUUAAGGAAGCAAUACUCAAGUAGCAUUUUGGUUAAGCUAAUAAGUUAAAGCCUUACAGUCAGUGCUGGCCACUUUAACAAUGCUUUACUUUUGACUUUUAUUGGCUGAAAAUAACUUGUUAAACUGGGGCUUUUGUAAUAAAAUGAAAUCUACAUACCAUCUGAAGUCCCUUCCCUUCUUUUUGAUUUAUAAGUAGGUUGAUGUAUUAUUGAAGAAGUUUUAACACUUUCACAGUUCUGCACUUUGAUUUCAGAGAAGGUGCUAAUCUCUCUGGAAGUCUGAGAGUGACAAAAUGACUUGUAUACUGUUUUUCUAGGGAAUUUGGGAUUCUUUAUUAGAUGCUGUAGUUUUAUGAUGAUACCUGUAUUGCUGUUGAUUUAUCUAACAUGUGAUGUGGUGUUGUGAUUUGAUCUGCAUUAAUGGAGGAUCCUCCUUUCUCAUAUUAUCUCUGGUUGCCUGGUCAUGGUGUUAUAAUUCUUAUAGGUAACGUUAGUGUUUCUACAGAGGGUCAGCAAUUCAGGGCAUUAUUUUUAAAUUACCAAAAUAAAAGAAUUUAAUUUUCUUUUCACUUUUGUAUUAUUUGUAGUGUUAAAAAUUUAGAUUUUUGGUGAAUAAACAAGUGGAAAAAAUUAAGUGGCAGUGUCAUAAGGAGCUUUAUAUUUUAUAUACUAGUCUUAUUGUAAUACAUUGCAAAUGUGUUUUAAAAAAAACUUUGGCACUGUACUUAAUUGAAUUUAGUUUCAAAGAAUUGUAACAGGAAUGCUGUGAGAGAACAGAAAAUAUAUGGAAGCUUAAUUGAAUGCUAUCCAUAUGUAAUUCUAAGAUUCGUGAGUAUUGUUGUAUGUAACUUAUUUUAUAUGCCAGUACUGUUGCACAAUAGCACAAAAUGCAUGUCAAUGAGGAAAAACUUAAUUUCUUUAUUUUGCUUUGAGUUUGAGUUUUUAUGUGUAAUAAAAUUACAUUUAAAAAAGGUGAGGAUUCUGAUUUCGAUCCAUAUUUUUAUUUGUUUUUUUGCAGUGUGUUUACUUUCAUGUGAGAGUGAUUGAUCUAUAGCUGUCAUUUUACUUAAAGAGGGGACAAAUGAAAUUGGCCUUUUAGACAAAAGUAUGCAAACAGACUGCAUUCUUUCUGCUGAUAGAAUUAUGGAAGGAUUGCAUGAGGCGCCACAUUCAUUUUCCUAUUGAUUGUGCAAAGGAUUCUGCAAUGAGGUGCUGUUUCCAUUGGAUAAGAAGGUGCUAUGAUUAGUUACCUUUCUCAUGAAAGCACUACAAAGGGAAAUGCAAAAUGUGUGCAGUGCAGUGUUCUCAAUUUGACAGUUGUUUUUGUUAACUUUUUUGCCCCAUUGAAGUCCAGCCUAUUUUAGAAAAACAUACAUUUGGUUUUUUCCCUUAUAUUAGGCUUAGUAGAUUUCCAUGCAUUUGACCCUUUGAGGAAAUUACACGUUAUAGACAGUUUUUCUAGGCUUCUAUUGUAAAGCUUCAAAGCUAAUACAACAGUGCCCUCUAUAGUCUUUUAGUGAAUAGUAGAUAAAUAUAGAUCAUUUGAAAUAUUCAGGUAAGAAGCAGGAUAUUUAAAUUUAAUUUUUGCUCAGACAAGAGACUCCUUUUUCCUAAGUCCACAUUCUUGUUUUUCACUAGCAGCUUUACUUUAAACAAAGGGAACAAAAGACCAUUCUGAGUUUUCAUUUAGAAUUAUUGGCUACCUCUUGUUGUUACCCCGUGGUAAAUCUCAAGUUUUAUCAGACAUUCAUCAGAGUAAUUUGAGAUAGAAGGAAUCUUACAAGCUGUACUGUCUCUUUAUGAAAUAUCUUUUUGAAGUUGAGUUCCAAUAGGAGUAUUUUUUAAAAUAAUUUAGUUCCUUUGUACUCAUUUUUUUCUAUUUAAUUAGAGCCAGAGUGGGCUGUCUAGAACUUAACUUUUACUUGUUCCUGAACUGGAUAACCAGGCUUUAUACAUGAUGUUACUUACAUUCAAACCAAGGUAGUUACACAAUGACUAAAGUAUUUGUCAUUCAUUAGCAUUGAUUUACAUCGUAGAUUUCCUUUCCUCCUGUUUAUGGGUGCCUGUUUGAUUAUAUGUUGAUAGCAAGAUUUUUCAUUGCAAAACACAACUUUAUGUGAAGUUAUUAGAUGGUGAUAAAAGCAGGCAUCAUAUUUAGCUAUAAUUAGAAGAGAAAAAUUCCGUGAGCUAAGUUUAUUUUGCUUCUGAAAGUGGUUUGGUAAAGAGAGCAUGGGUCCAAAUCCUAGCUUCUCCAUGUAUUCACUAUGUAAUUUUGAACACAUUUCCUAACCUCUGAGCUUGCUUUCUCAUCUGCAAAAUGGGAUUAAAAAUAGUUUAUCUUUUGAGGUUUUUGUGAGUGAUUAGAGAUAAUGUAUAUUAAUUGGCCAAGUCAUUAUAGAUGCUCAAAUGGUAACUUCAUUCUAAGAAUCACAGUGUGAAGGUAAAUGGUGUUGUUUUGUGUUAGGGAAGUUUUAAUAUAAAUCUAGAACACAUUUAAUACACUUUAGAUUUUAAAAAAUUUCCUGUCUCAUAACUUGUGAUGAUUUAUGUGAAUCAGAAAGCUGCCAUGGCAUUCCUUGAUAAUGUGAACUGACAAAGUGAAAUGAGCAUUUCCUACAGACUUCUCCAAACUUCUUAAUAGGCCGUGUUUAUAAACUUUAGUUUAGUAGACAUUUACCCACAAAGCCAAUAUUUGGCAAAUGUGAAAACAGACGAUAAAUGAAACUAAAGAAAAGUCUUUUGUUUUUUUCACUUAGGAUACUUUUCAUUUACCUAUGUUCUUAGUAGUAAUCUAGAGCCCUUAUUCAUAUUUUGCUUUCUCCACCCAGCUACAAGAAAGACUGGUGUGUAAAAAUAGAUGAAUGUGGAGCUUUUCUAGUCAAAGUGGAGAUGUCCUUUGAGGGAACAAAAUUUAAAAGCCACUUGGUACUGUACUGCAUAUGUAUGUGUGUGUGUACGCACACACACACACACACACUCUUUUUGUUUUGUACAAAGGCUUUGUUCUACAUUUGUUUGAAUUCACAGUGUCUAAUUCUUUAUGUGGCACAUGAAGGUACUCAAAUAAUGUAUACUGAAUACAAAAUUUUUUGAACAUCAGGCCUUCUCUUAUUGUUAUAUAAUAUUUGAGAUACCAUAUGUAUUAAAAUGUACAGUUUAAUGGGGCAACAUAAUAUUACAGUAGUUGCUUCUCUGGGAACCAUCUAACACAAGCAUGCUUCCAGUGUAAUUUAUCAAUUUGUUCUUUAAAAGUCUAACAAAUUGUUGUAACUAAAUGUAAUAAUGGGAAAUGAAUGAAAAAAAUUCAGAACUUGUCUUUGAGAUGAUUAAAAGCUGCUGUAUUUCACAAUGAUGAAUUUAGCUAAAGAUUCAGGCAUUUCAAAUGACCCAAUGAUAAAAAUAAUCUUGCACAAAGAAAUUCUGAAUUGAAUUUUUUCAACUUUCAGUAAAGCAGUUUUUCUCGUAAAGUUCUUAUUUGUGCAUCAUAUUGAUUUUGAAUAACCUUGAACUUAAUAUUGUAAUAAACGACAUUGUUUUUAGUAUAUUACUUGGGUUAAAAUUGAGAACUGCAAAACUGUCUUUUUUAUCAUUAUAAAGAAGGAACCAAUGUUUUAAGCUGAUAGAAUGAAAAUGAACAAGCUCUUAAUAAACCAAAUAUGGUAGUUCUUUUUAAAGUAACGACCAGUUGCAGUAAGAAACAUGUUUAGAGUUAAAUUCUGGUUUAUAAGACUGACAAGAUGCUGUCUACCCAAAAAAAUAUGAAUAAGGUAUUUUUUCUUUGCAAUGAAAGUACAAAAUUAAGAAUCCGCUUAAUUAAAAUAAUGAUAAAUGUAGAUUACAUUACUGAAGACAGUGAAAUACAGCUGCUCUGUCUAGUGAGAGCCUGCAUAAUUUACCAAGACUGUGCAAAGAAGCAAUGGAGCAGCCACUGCAGACUGUUAGAGGAAAUGUCCUGUUUAUUCUACAUACAUUUCUUUUUUUAAUUAAAAUGUCAAUGAUAAUUUUAUAGCAGUCCUCCAAAAAAAAAUCCUUCUUUGAAUUUCUUCAAGGUGGUAGAAUAUGAGACGAGAUCAUUAAUGCUACUGAAUGAAACAGAUUAAACCUGAGGAAAAAAUAGCAUUUUAUUAUUUUUUAUUAAUUCAGUUUUCUUUAUUAUGAGUUAACAUUGAAGUAUAUGAUGCUAUACCUGUUUUUUCACAUGAGUCUUGUGGGAGAGAAAUCUGGCAAAAUCUUUGAAUGUACAUUUUAUUUAAAAACCUUUUGGAGCCACAAGCAAGAUUUGGGUAGAGUCAUAAGUAGCGUUGUUUACAAAUAAAGAUGUGGCUGUGUGUACUGUGGAAUUCUCAUUGUGGGGCAGACAGGAUUAGCUGAGUGGUACUUCCUGCUCAACUGUAUCACUGGAUUGUGAUGAGAAAUGAUGUAUUGCAUGUGUCAGUGUCUAGAGACCAAAAAGAGGUUGAGAACCCCAGUUACACUGUAUGUUUUCAUCUUUUACUUUAAUGAUGACCAAUGAUAUAUUCAUAAUUACAUGUGUAUAUUUAGGAAAACCAAUAUUGCAUGUAACAAGGAGUGCUGGUUUUUGUUUGUUUGUUUUUUUGCCUAUGAGGGAUAAGUGGGGACUCUGGAGUCAGAGUAGUGUGGGUUCUAGGCUCUACCACAUGCUAACUGUAUGACCUUGGUUUACUUAACUUCUCUGCAUCAUGGCUUUCACAUGUGUAAAGUGGGGCUAGUGAUAGUAUCUAUAUCAUAGGGUUGUUGUGAGUAUUUAAUGGGAUAAUCCAUGUAAAGACACCUCAAUAUAUGUUAACUUACAUUUAACUUAAUAUAUUAUUAUUAUUAAUCACUAGAUAUAACAUUUCUCUUGCAUUGGAGCAGUAGAGCACCAACUUAAUAAGAUCAUUAUUAUCUGUUGAUCUGGUUCUUAGAUAAGUUAACCAUGCCCUUCUGUGUUUUCAGAUAUACUGUGGUAGAAAUUCUGCUGCUCUUUAUUUUGUCUUUAAUUGUCUUUUCUCCUAGCGCUUCAUGUAUCAGUUGCUUUAGCAUUGGUGAAAAUGAUGUCACAGCUUGUGCAUUUCUAUAUGUCUUUUUGGACUAUGCUUUAGCUUGAUACUGGCUAGAAUUAAUUGAAUAUUUUCCAAGGUUCACAUUUUUCUAAAGGGUCUUUCAGGUGUCCACCUACUAAAAGUUCUUAACUAGGAAAGCUUUGUAGGCAGAAAAUGAACACAUCACUAAGGAUUUGAAAAGUUUGUAUGAGAAAACAAUAGGAGGAGGAACUUCAGAUGAUUUUAUUUUGUAUGCUUUUUUCCUUAGCUUCAAUAAAAUGGUAAAUACAAGAGGUGCAAAGAUAAGAAGUCAGGCACUGCAUAACCAUAUUCAUAAUAUUUACACAUACCAUAUGAGUUGUAGAAUGUUAGCAUACAUUUAUUUUUUUCUCUUGGUUUGUUCCAGACUUAGCUGCUGGAGAUGUAGAUGAUUAAGGGACAAUGCUCGUCUCUAGGACUUAGUGCUUUGAGUUUUAAGGAAGAAAGUUACUGCUAUAUAUUCAUCAAAAUUAUUAUUUAUGAUGAAUUCUUUGCUCUUUUAAAAAUAUUUCAUGUUAUUUGUAGUGUGCUUCUUUGUUCCAUGACUUGGCAUUCAUUCCUCCUUUUCUGGCCAUCGUCACUGCGUUUUUCCUAAGAAUCCUGUGGUCUUUAAGGCUCAGUGUUGCUCUAUCUGUGCCUGUUUGGGAAUUAUACUUAUGAUUCUUAAUUUAGCUUAAUUUUGAUUAAGACAUUGAAAUAAUUUUUCAGUUUAUUCUUAACCAAUUUAGUCUUAGAAUCUUUAGGUUUCUUUCCUGUCUUGGUCCUCGCCAAUAGAGAGCAAUUACAUAUUAACAUAGUUUUUCAGUGCUUCCACCACGGUACUACUAUAAGGUGUUUGCCAAAGUGAAGUAUGAUUUAGUACUAAAAUUAUAUCAGACUUCCAACUCACUGUAUCCUGAGGUCAUUAAUUAGACAAUAUUUACUUUCCUAUUUUAAAUUAGUUGCUUUGAAAAGCCAGAAGCCUCCUCCCAACCCCUUAUUUAUGGACAUCUUCACAUUUAUUUCAGAUAUUCUUUAGGGCUAUCAUAGACUAGAUUCUGUUGGAGACUAGGUAAUAGUAUGUACUUUAAUUCUGGGUUAAUAUCAAAGGGCCUUGUUUUCAGAUGGAGUUCUUGAGCAUUUAUACUUAUGUAGAAAUUUUAUCUUCAGCUUUGAGUCGUCUGAUUUCUCCUUCAUGCUAUUGUGCAUAUAGUUUCUUCUCUCGUUGUUACUUCUGUGUGUAUUUUAGACAAAACAAUGCUAUAUAAUAGGUAAAACUAAUCUAGUUUGUGGAGAUUUUACAUAGUUAUAAGAUGGCAAACUUAUGUUGAUGCUGUCUGCUUUAUGUUUAAUUCAUAAUUACUGAUUCCCUACUGUGUGUAAAAUCGCUACAUUUACUGAAUUCCCUGUAUUAUAUAAUGGAUUUACCCCAUGUAUUUAUUGACUUGGAAUCAAUUGAUCAGUCAAGCAAUCUGAAAUAGAAAUGAUUAUGAAGCAUUUACAACCAAGAAAAAGUACGGGGUAAUAUAGUAAGUUACAACUUACUGUUACUAAUUAACAUAGUAGCUAAAGUAUUGUUCUAUAAAAAACAUAGCUUGUAGAUUAUACACAUAUUUGAGUAUAUAUACUUUUUGUUAUCUGGACGGUUUAAAGAUGUGUUUUAACUGUGUUUGGCAAAAGAAAAGAAAAAAGCUGUCUUUAUAGCUAUCAACUUUGUAGAAAAUAAAAUGAGGACCUAUCAAUUUUGUUUUGUUAUGUUUUGAUAAUAAGUUGUUUCUUUUCUUAUAUUCAACCCAGGAAUUGGAAUAAGCCUCCUAAAACUGUGUUGUUAUAAUUUAUUUUCUUAACUUAUUUGCUGUAACUAUUUCAUACUUUUGCGUAGUAAAAAUAACAUUGGCAUUGAUGAUAUCCCCUUUGCUUUCUGUGUCUAGUUACUAAAUUCUAGUAGAUCUGACUUUUCUGCAUUCUUUUAUUUUACUUUUUGUUGUUUUCACAUUUAAACUGUCUGUUUUUUUCAUCUGUCUUCUACCUCUCCAGUAGUUGGAAGAGCUUCUUCCGAGCAGGUUCUUCUCUUCAUGCAGACAAACCCACUUUCUUUCUUGAAUGGAAUAGCUUCAUUGUAACCUUAUAGGGUUCUCACCCUUGUUCUUCAUGCCUUGUUUUUAAUCUAAAUUAUUACUUAAUUUUCUUUGAUACUUACAACAAUUGUGUUUUUUAAGUUAAAGAAAAUACAUAAAAGUAUUAAAAAAUGAAGUUCUUACAAUUCAGUCAUUCAGAGUUAACAUUUUGACAUAUUUCCACAUGCAUAUAUUUAACACACAUACAUAGAUAUAUACACACAUGUAUGUCUAUGUAUAAUCAUUUGUAUAUAACUUUGUAGACUGCUUUUUUUAACUUAGGACAUCAGGAGCAUUUUUCCCUGCCGUUAAAAUCUCUGUAUGAACAUAAUUUAAUGGCUACUUAAUAUUCCAUCAUGUGACUGUGUAAUAGUUUCCUUAAUGAUUCCCUAAUUUUGUAAAUUAAGUUGAAUCUAAUUUUUACUAUAAAUAAUAGCACUUUGAUGUGGGUACAUCAAUUAUUGUCUACAUUUUAAAAAGUUAAUUCCUUAGCAUAGAUUUCCAGACGUGGAAUUAAUGAAUCAAAGUAUAUGAUUAUUUCUAAGGCCAUAGAUGCAUAUUGCCUAGUUGAUUUCCAUAAAUAGUAUACCUGUUUAUGCAUGCAUUAUUUAUAUUUUGAAAUUCUAAGUCUUUGUUUAGUGUAUCUGAAACCUUAACUUGGAAUUCUAUUUUUACAUUUCCUGGCAUUUGGUGAAUACAAGCUGGGAGUAGCAUUCUGCCCAUCUUUGAAUGUGUUUUAUUCUUGGAACAAAACCAAAGAGAUGUGUGUUAGGGCAGCUCAGUCAUGUAAUGCAAGGCAUAGGGUGAUAUUUUUCCACCAUUAUUGUGAAAAGUCAGUUUUCAGUGAUUUAACAGGGCUAUAUUCAAUAGGCAACCAGCUGCAAAGUGGGAUGCAUUUUAGUAUACGGUAUACUAGUAAUGUGCCAUGCAUUUGAAUUCAUAUACAGAUAUAGACACAUAUAUGUUAUUUUUUAAGCAGUUAUAGAUAUAAUGCUAAUUAUGACACUUUUUUUC